AUGUCUUCUACUGCUAUCCAGCUCAACUUCUCCCUUCGCACAUCCUCCAAUGUGAAGACCGUCCAUCUUUUGGGUUCCUGGGACAACUAUGCCGGCCAGCUUCCCCUUUCCUCCAAGUCCAAGCCUGGCUCGUGGCAGGGAGCAUUCCGCUUCCAGACUACCAUGCUUCACCCCGGCUCUCGCUACUGGUACUACUACAUCAUGGAUGGCUACCAUGUCUCCCAUGAUCCCGCAGCCGAAUUCACCGUCGAGCCAACCACCGGACGCAAAUUGAACAUCCUCGACGUUCCCCGUACGCCUUCCACCAAGUCGGCUCCCACCUCCAAGCCCCGCCGCGACAGCGUUGAUGUUCCAGUCGGACGUGCCCUGUCUCCAUCCAGAAUUUUGCAUCCACGUCCCUCUAAGCCAUACGCUUCGCGCCAGAUCCGAGAGGCCAACUACCAAGAUCUGCCAACUGUCGACGCUCUGACCGCAAGAUUCAGAACUACCGACCUCUCAGACGACGACUCUGACAUCUCUUCAUCCCCACCAUCGUCAUCAGGAUCUUCCCUCUCCUCCCGCUCCAACAACACCUCUCCAUCUUCUGUCUCUUCAUUCAGCGACCUUGACUCAGCAUGCAGCUGUCAAAGAUUCGGAAUUACUCGCAGCGGAGAGAAGGUCAAGAUCGACUGUGGUGGCCGCCGAUGUGGCUACAACACCCUGUCCGACUCCUCUGAUGACUCUGACGAGGCAUGCAGCUCCGACGAAGAAUACAAGCAUGUCCGUACCCAGCUUCGCCGCCAGAACAUCGCUGUCCGCAGGUAA